GUACGGGCGCCGCUGGCUCGUCCUGCUGCUCUUCUCGCUGCUGGCCUUCGCGCAGGGCCUGGUCUGGAACACCUGGGGCCCCAUCCAGAACUCGGCGCGCCAGGCCUACGGCUUCUCCAGCUGGGACAUCGCGCUGCUCGUGCUGUGGGGGCCCAUCGGCUUCCUGCCCUGCUUCGCGUUCAUGUGGCUCCUGGACAAGCGAGGUCUGCGGGUGACUGUGCUUCUGACAUCCUUCCUUAUGGUUUUGGGUACUGGUCUAAGAUGCAUACCUAUAUCAGACUUAAUGCUUAGAAGAAGGUUAAUCCAUGGAGGACAGAUGCUAAAUGGAUUGGCAGGCCCGACCGUAAUGAACGCAGCACCGUUCCUCUCCACAACAUGGUUUUCUGCAGAUGAACGGGCCACUGCCACUGCAAUCGCAUCAAUGCUCAGUUACCUCGGUGGAGCGUGUGCGUUUUUAGUUGGACCCCUUGUUGUUCCAGCUCCCAACGGGACAUCGCCCCUCCUUGCUGCAGAGAGUAACAGGGCUCACAUUAAAGAUCGCAUUGAGACUGUGUUGUAUGCAGAAUUUGGAGUUGUCUGCUUAAUAUUCUCUGCAACACUAGCUUAUUUCCCACCCCGGCCUCCUCUUCCUCCCAGUGUUGCUGCAGCUAGCCAGCGGCUGAGUUACCCACGCAGCUUUUGCAGAUUAUUGAGCAAUUUGAGAUUUUUGAUGAUUGCUUUAGCAUAUGCUAUACCACUUGGUGUAUUUGCUGGCUGGUCAGGCGUCUUGGACUUAAUUUUAACACCAGUGCAUGUCAGUCAAGUAGAUGCUGGCUGGAUUGGAUUUUGGUCCAUAGUUGGAGGCUGUGUUGUUGGAAUAGCUAUGGCAAGGUUUGCAGAUUUUAUCCGGGGUAUGCUGAAACUAAUCCUCCUCCUCCUCUUCUCUGGGGCUACACUGUCAUCCACGUGGUUCACCCUGACCUGUCUGAACAGCAUCACACACCUGCCUUUGACCACAGUGACAUUAUACGCCUCCUGUAUACUCCUGGGAGUGUUCUUGAAUAGCAGUGUACCUAUAUUUUUUGAGCUUUUUGUGGAGACUGUCUACCCAGUUCCAGAAGGAAUUACUUGUGGAGUUGUCACUUUUUUAAGUAAUAUGUUCAUGGGAGUACUUUUAUUUUUUCUCACAUUUUAUCAUACAGAAUUGUCUUGGUUCAACUGGUGCCUUCCUGGGUCGUGUUUGCUUAGUCUCCUCCUCAUUCUGUGCUUCAGGGAGUCCUAUGACAGACUCUAUCUUGAUGUGGUUGUCUCAGUUUAAUAGCACAGACCUGAAGGAGUUUUAAAGGAGACUAGAAAUCAAUACUGCACACUGCACAUUUGCACGGAGUUGCACAUCUAACAGGAAAAAAAGGAGAAGAAAGAAACUUCAUUCAGAGGUUUUGUUGAAUUCAGAUUAUUGCAUUAAUUUAAUUACUAGUAGUAAUAAUGCAGGACUUACUUGCGUGGUAAUAGGGUAUUUAUAAACUCUACAAGUGGUGGACCUGUGCCUGACUCCAGGGGCCGGAAGUCCGAUGUCUUACACGUGGGGCACUUCCUACUGUAGGUAAUCCCCUGUGUGCUGUGCCAGUGCUAAACUACUGAGUCGUGGUGUUUAGGAAAAGAAAGAAAGGGCAUCUUUCACAUGAAGAUAACUCCUGAAGUCACAUGACAGAAUAGGAAGAAAUACCACUAACUUCUAAGGAAGUUUAAACCUUAUAUUAUAUCGGAUUUUAAUUAUAAAAUAGCCAAGUGACAUACUGAUAAUAGAAAUUAGCCCCGUGUACACUACAUGUUUUUCUAAUAAAGCCAUUUCUUAGGAGUCUGUAUUUUUAAUCAGGUCAGAAGCUACUGGCCUCCUUGUCCUGGUGAUGAGUGCUUUCCAGAGACUUCAGAAUGCAGGUGCUGUGUCUACAUCUCGACUUGCCCUUGUCUCUGUGAAUACAAUUUCAUCUGCAAAGCCCUUAAAUCAUUGUAGCAAGGGUGACUGAAUGUGGAUAGAGUCACACUAAUUAUUGUGUGAAGAGUGUAAUUCCACUGAUUUAGGACUUUGCUAAAAGAGAAAUGAUAACCACACAGCAUGUGUGUCUUCAACCUAUACAUGGCAGCCGGAGCUGUAAAGCCCAGCACUGACUGUUAUUUACCAGGGUUAGAUUUUAUUAAAUGACUCUUGUGGGAAAAGAAAAAUUUAGAACACUGAAACUUUUAAAACUUUAUGCGUGAUUUCCGAGUUGUAUCCUUGUGUCUCAGUUUAGGGUGUAAAAUACCCAGUUCUGUAUAAACUCUAAUGUAUUUGACAAGGCAGCAUUUUGCCAGUACCUGUUUUCUUUCUAUGAAUGAUAGAUAUUUUUUAAACUAAGUUACUCAAUGGAGGCUCUCAGACGUAUAUUCCACUAUGCAUGCAGGACGCUGCAGUGCGAAGGUAAUACUCCCCCAAAAGAUCAAGAGUAACAUUUUACCUUGAUUAUUCUCUGCUUCUUCCAGGCCCCUCUCACUUUUUCCUCACUUGAAAUUGUAACUCCAUUGUCAGCUAGAUAUGUAUUUUCUUUGCCUUGUUCUGGCCCCCUAGUCCAAGUGGGAAGGCAAAGGGAAGGACAGAGAGAAAGCAUUUAUUUCUGCUGUCUGCACGCAUGUGCGCGGCGCACACCCCUCCCCCAACACCUUUCUCGUCUUUUAGCAAGUUUAUGGCUCUGCAUUUACUCACUUCAGUCCUGGAGGAGGAUUCUAGGACUCCGUGGAGUCUUGUAAGACCCUUCUUUCCAGUUGUGAAACUUGGAAUGUAAGGAAACCCACGAAUUUACCACCCAACUUCAGUGACCUUUGAACCUUCUUCCUUUCUAACCACCCUACUCACUUGGCAGCAAAAAUGAAACUUGUGAAAGAGAAGAGAUCUUGUGAAAGCGAGGCUUUGUUCCAUUAACACAUUCUUCCUACAUAAGUAAAAGUGAAAUAAAAAGAAGGCAGAAUUCUGGAAGGUGGUUGAAAGCCAGCCACUGAGGAGACCAGCAGGCCAUGACCCGGGUGCUAAAUAACCACCGCGCUUGCUGGUUUAGAGAGGAGACAAGGGAAAGGGGAGAAGUAUGCAGUGUUUGGCCUUAGCCACAGCUGUUGUGUUUGAGGACGUUGCUGUGUAAAAUCCUGCUGUAAUAAGACUUCUGAUGUAGAAAUUUUUAACUAAGUUAAUUCUACUUUUAACACAAAAUACAGAAUAACAUGUAAAAAAUAUUGCCUAAAUGGCCAGUUCAGUUCAAAGACACCCCAAAUGAGUAGUGAUUAGCAAUUCUUGCAUUGUACCCGGUACCAACUCUGUUGUGUAGUUUACAUGAGAUGAGAGGAAGCCGCCUCUUUCCUCUGGAUUGGCUACCCCUCCAGAACAUAAUUGUUCCAGUCACAAACUGCAACUGACUUAAGUGCUCAAAAUUUCAUCUGCUAAGCCUGAUAGGAAGGGAACCUGGGGUGGGAGGGACUAUACAUUAUUUAUCUGAAUAUUGCAAAUCAUAUUUUCUUUGUUUUUAUUUCUAUCCUGCACCAAAAUAGACAAGCUUUAUCUUUAUACUUUCUAACCAAACAGAGUCCGAAUGACCUUUCAUAACUGGAAGAAAUCAUAACCCUGUACUGAUCCAAGCGCUCAUUUUAGAAUUCCAAGAACCUAUCCUUAGAGAGGUAAAGUACCUAGCCAAAGUACUAGUUUUGGUCUUCCCUCGGUGUCCUUGGAAUUGGUUCCAAGAUCCCCAGCAAAUACCCAAAUCCUUGGGUGCUCAAGUCCUUCAUAUGAAAUGGUUAGUAUUUAUCUCUUAUAAGCACCCCAACCUCAUGGCGGUCCAGAGCUUAUAAAUUGUAAUCCCAGGGAAAAGUUACUGGAACUGUCAUGAGCAAAUUCCAGUCUACCACUUGCACUGCAACCCACGGCAAGAAAAGAGACAGAGACAUAUCUGCAGUUACAGGAAGCCAAGGGAGUCUGAAGUCCAGGUGGAACAAAGGCCUCGACCCAGGGCCAAACCCGGUUUUAAUAGUUGGUGAAAAGGGGAGUAGCUGGGGUAAAGUGACUGUGAGAAUGGCAAGGUAGGGUGCACAAUGGCACGUCUGCAGUGUACAGAGAGAAGUAUAAAGAAAGUAUGGAUUCUGCUAACAGGUAUCCUUGAAGUUUGGAGGAAUCCAUGUAACACAGUUUGAGGAAGUAUCUUGUGUUUUGGGUUGGCUGCCUUAGCUCUGGUGCUGGCCUUAAUUGCCCUGGGACAUCACUGCCUCUUUCUCAAAGCUCCAUCUCAGCUGACAACACAGUGUCUCUCGGCCUACCUCACACUCGGUAGGAGGAAGCUAUAGGUGGGGCACACAGACCUAUCGCUUUGCCUCAAAGGCUACAGAUCAGUGGCGCCUCAACUAGACCCAUCUGCCUUGCGUAAAGCCAGUCAGGGGGCGUUCAGCAUUCUCCUAGCCAGUUCUGUGCAUAUUAGCAUGUGGGAGUUGGGCAAAGGUGAACCAAAAUGGAGGCAACUUGUCUUCUUUCAAGGGGAACAUUCCCAGUGGUCUUCCACAAUCACUGAUGUCAUCCUCCCAUAUACCUUACAGGUGUCCAACACCCAGCCCUUGGGCCUCAUGCUCCCCUGGACAGCUAGUAACUCAGCCCCCCACGAUCACAGACUGUGAACAUUAUUAUGUGACAUGACUGGUGCUGAAGUGCCAGGCCGUGUAGGGGAGGGCGCAGUGCAGUGCUCACUUUACCUUCUGUGUCCGUCACACACAGUCGAAUGGAAACCAGUGUGUGUCAGAUGUUUUGUGCACGUGUGUGACUUGAUCAGUAAAAUUCAGUCACUACUGAUAAUAGUAUUUCACUCUGCCUACAUGCAUGGGUGCCUAUGAAGACAAAUGGCUUUUUAUGGUUUGUUCUUUUGGGGUUUUUUUUGAGGGAUUUGGUUGUUCUUUACAGUACUGGGGAUUGAAUCCAGGGCCUCUACUCUGAUCUACAACUUCAGCCUGACUUGGUUUUUGUUUUGAAACAGGUUCUCACUAAGUCACUAAGCUGCCCAGGCUGGGCUUGAGCUUUCAUUCCCUCUGCCGCAGCAUCGCAGAGUGCUGGAAUUACAGGUGUGUGCCACCAAACCCUGCAAGGCAGGUGUUCUUGUUAUUUAGAUAGGAAAUUCAUUUUCACUCAGUGCAGUCAGAAGUUGGGUUCUUGUGCCUUCAAUCAAGUUCUCAUGCUUUAAAUCAUCUCUAGAAAAAAAAACCAUCUCUAGAUCACUUAUAAUACUACACUCUUUCAAUUACGUAUACCUGCUGUGUUAUAUUGUAUUGUUUAAGAAAUCAUAAGAAAAACCUGUACAUGUUCAGCAUGGAUGCAUUUUUCCCAAAUAUUUUUGAUCCGCAAUGUGUUGAAUCAGUGGAUGUGGAACCUGUAGAUGUGGAGGGCCCACUACAGGAGUAAAAGUAGAACUAAGAUCUAUAUUUUCUGACCCCUAAACUAGUUUAUUUUCACUACCUUACAGAGUCUCAGCUUGCUGUAGACCAUUUGGGGUGUUCACGAACGUUCUUCCCUGUCCAGAAAUGAUGGGGCUACAAGUAAACUGCCAGUACUGAGUAUGCAGUGUUCAGGGAGUAAACUGAGGUGGUUGUUUGGUUUACAAGUAAAAUUUCUAAGCAAAUCAUUAUCCUGCAGGGGCUCUAAUGUCUCAUAAGUCUUAGCUUUCAGUGACAUUAUAUGAAAAGAUGCUGAUGAAUAAUUCAGUUCUCAUAAACCCAGCCAACAGCUUUAUUAAUUGGUAAGGACAUGUUAUAGUGUUAGUUCCCUGUGGCUUAUCAAUUAAUACUUCACACUUUAUGGGGGGAAGUGUUUUUUAAUAUGAUCCAUGGUGGAAGUAUAGGAACAAGAUAAUUAUACAAAUGCAUUUCACUGGAAGAUGGAGCUAAUAAAACAACAAGAGGGACUCGAGUAUGCAUUUAAUUUUGUAUAUUUAAACAUAUAUGGCCUAAGGGCCAGGUUUUAUCAUGGAUCAUAUAUUCAUAUUUAAUUACUGAGAAUGUUUAUAGCUUGUUUUUAUGAAGUCCUUCCAAUGAGGGAGCCAAGCUAAGGGAUUUUAAGUUGAAGAGAUUAAAUCCCCAUCUACUUAUCUUUUAAUUAGUUUUUUUUACUCUUAUUUUCACAAAAAUCCAGGGAUUCAUCUUGUAGCCUGCCGAAUACAUGCUUCAUUUUAAAUUCCAGAUCAAAUAAAAAUGCAUAUAAAAUUUGCUUUCAAUUAAUGUUAAAAGUCACGUUAAUUUCACAUUUGUCCCUGAACUAGGAAGUAUAGGCAUUGCCAUGAUCAUAGCACAUUACCACGCAAGUGCGAAAGCUGUCAUAGGUGGCUCUGGGUGUUGCUCAGUAAUACAAUGCUUACCCAGCAUGCACAAGGCCCUGAGUUCAUUCCCGAGCACCACAAAAAAUAAAUAUAUGAAAGCUGUAAUAUGAAAAUACAUGACAGUAAGGAGGAAAUGUAGUGUAAGAACAUGUGAUUAGGCCUGUUUUAUAAAUAUAGGGGAAAAUACACUUCCACUUUAAUUUGGAAUUAUCAUACAGAAGGGAACAAGAUAAAAUUCAUUUUUAUCCCAUCAAAUGGUUUGCUAUUCUCUAGGAAAGAUAAGCAGUACUCAGGAGACAGCACUGGACCAUCCUAGAGCAGACAGUAGGGUUUGGAGUGCAGGUUUAAGAGCAUGCACUGGGUUCCCUUGUCUCAGUAGUGGUGACUGCUGCUCACCAGCUGACAUCAGGUCUGAAACAGCACCAGCCUCAUUUUGCCAUGCAGUUUCCCAAGGCUCUGGCUUGUCCUCAUUGUGUGCCAACUCUCAGCUUCAACUCUUGCAGGAAUCCGAACUCAGCUCCUGCUGGAGAGUCCCUGACCAGGUUUCUCCCAGGGCCCCUCCCUGGGAUCCCAGGAGAAAGCUCAGUCUCAUCCCGAGGGGUAAGCAGGGCUACACACUUGGGCCUCCCUCUCCUGGACAGGAUGCUGGCAUGAACAGAACCUAAGUAAAUCCGGGGAAAAGAUUAAAUAGUCCUCACAUCUGGGCUUUCCAAAUUAGAACAUUGCCCUAAAAUGGGAAUUUCAAAGAUCUUUAACAGUGUACAAUUAUUAUUCAUUCCAUUCUUAAAAUAUGAGCUAAUUGCUUUAUGUGGUCCUUCACUUGUUAUCUUAUUACCUGCUGGCCUCAAACAAUAGCUUUUCAUUUCAGCCUAUUCUCAAAAAAGAACAUGAGUUAACCCAGCUUUUCUCUUCAUUCAGCAAGGUUUAAUUUAAAAUUUUAAAAGCAUAGCUAGAAAGCAAAACAAAGCAUGGAGUUGAUUUCAACAACUUUGAUGGUAGGAGGACAUCAAACUUCUUAGCUCUAAGCAUGCUGAACUUGGUGUAUUGGGAGGCUUGGGACUCCAAGAGGUUGUUGGAAAAUGAACUCAAAUACUGUGUUACACUUAAGGUUUCCUGCUGGGUCUUCUAAUUUAUACUGGAGGCUUCUGCAAUCUUGAAUAAAAUGCGAGUAACUUAGAGACACUCCGUUUACCUCAGUGGUAGAAAGUGAUAUUUUUUAAAGCACUACAGUACAGUAUUUUAUUUAGAUUGGCUUUCCUCCCUUUUACUCAAAAGGAUUAUAGAAUGAAAGAAAUGAUCUAAUCCAACCACCUCAUUUUACAAAUAGAUAAAAAUUCGACCUUGAGUUAUGACACAGCCGGGUUUUCGCAUGUCCUUACACUCCCAGUUCAGUCUUCUUUCCAUAAGUGACCAAUAUACUAGCCAAAAAUAAUUCUUUUGAAGUAAAUUUUCUUUCACUUUUCAAGUUUUAAAAAUCAUACAAAAAGUACAUGAAAGUAUAACCACUACAGAAUUGCCCAGGACCAACUACAGAAUGAAGUCCCCCUCCACAUAAACACGUGCAGGCUAACCCUCUUUUCUGGAAGGAGUCAUACUGUCCAUACAUUUACAUAGAUAUGUAUAAAAACCUAUCUCUUGUGUAUAGAUUUAUAUAGACAUGUAUAAAAAUAUACAUAUCUAUAUGUAUGUAUAAAAUAUACAUACAAAAGAUAUGUAUAAAAAUAUUCCUACCCUGUCCAUACAUUUACAUAGAUACAUAUAAAAACCUAAUCUCUCUUGUCUAUACAUUUAUAUAGAUAUGUAUAAAAACUUAGAGAUCAUUUUAAAUGGAGUCAUCUAAGAAACUGUUUCCUGGACAAUGUUUUGUCUCCAUCUCUAUCAAAUGGAGCAGUGGUUAGUAUAGAGAUUUCAUAGAACCAACUAUAUAGCAUCAAGCUCCAUCACAGUCUGAUGUCUAAAAGUGAACUCCAACGUGCACUAUUCUGCUUUCUUAUUGGAAGCUUAGUUCCUGUGUCUAUACCAACUACAGUUUCUGCACAGUGAGAGAAGAAAAUGAAUGACCCACCCCCAAAAUCCAUAUAGAUUUUCUUGACAGAGCUUUUUUAGCUUCCCCAUCUCUACAGAGGUGCGCAGUAUUGUAGAACACAGAAAGGUAACAGCAGAAAAGUCAUGCCAUUCCAUGGUUUAAAAAUAAAAUCUCAUGGAGACUCUACUAAUUCUUACUAUUUUCCUGGUCAACCUCCUUAGCUGUCCUACCUUUCAAGCAAUUGGCAGAACUGAUAAGCCAUAGCAGAACAAGAGCCCAGCUUCAUUUGGUCACUUCUUCCCUUCCUGUCCUCCUGUCUAUCCAGCCUUCUCCUUCCUGCCUAUUUCUUCCUGUUUCUGACCAUGCUUGGGAGCAAGCUGUGUGGCGGCCAGCUUGUGUGAGUUUCCAGCAAUGGAGAAGAGAGCUGGCCACGAGGAUUCCUCAUGGACUAGACCAGAGAGGGCAUGGAGAGCGCGCACUGGCUUAGGACCCCCAGGGCCUGGCUCUUAUCCCAGGCUGGUGACUUCAGUUGUUUGACCUUGAGCAAGUCACAUCAUUUCUCAUUUAUGCACAUUUCUAAAAUGAGUGAGUGAACAAUGAUGUUCGCUUAGGUUUCUUCCAGUUCAGGAAUUCCAGUCCAUGCUUAUUCAGUGUUAGAAAAUGAUUUCCAGUGGCGAAACACCUGCAGUCUGUAGGACUGACGAGCUCCCGAGCACUUCCAUGUUCCAUUUGUGGAGUAGCCCCCCUCGUGUGAGCCCUCGUGUGUCCGUGAACACAUGAAAAAUUAUGCUGCGUGCACUUUCAACAAGAAGGAAUGGCUUUUUCUGUGUCUGUGGUAGGAGAUAAGCUGCAGAUGCUGUUUAUUUUCCCAAAGGACUUUAUAUAUGAAAUGUGAAGUUUAUUAAAUUUAUCAAAUGCAUUCAGAGAACAAUCUGUCAUCUGAUAUUGAGAUAGCAUUCUGGGAGCCAGGUGGGAAUGCAGCAUUUGUUCACUGGAGUCAGACCAAAUCAGAUACCUGUUUGAUUCAUUGUGAGGUGCCUUGGGUUUGCAGCUGUAGAAAUCAAACUGACAGGUCAGAUAGUAAGGCUGAUCCUUGAACUUACGUCUCUAGUUGUGACACUAAAGUAUUAUAAGUUGCUUUGCAACGAUGUCAGUUUCUACAUGGCCACAUUCUUUCUGCAGAGCUGUGCAGACAUCUUACUGAGAGCAGAGUUACAGCAUGUCAAGGUAUGGUCUGUACACAGGUGUCAGCACACACAGCUUCCCUGUGCCUCUGAUGCAGGCACACAUGCAGUCAGAGAGAAACAAGCCCAAAGAGCAGCCCAGCGUGGAAGAGGCCUGAGUAAGUGACCCCCUCCUCCCUGGACUUCUGCCCCCUCACCUCUAAAUGAGCAAGUUGGAGUAGAUGUUCCUUUUAGUUGAAAAAUUUUACAGUUCUCCGAUCUACCUAUUAGUCUUACACAACAGAAAGUAGAAAAACUUACAGGUGCAAUGUCUUUUUACCAAUACUCCCAGCUUAAAUGUUAUCCUUUCCCUAAACCUGGACCUUCCACAAGGCCCUGUUGGUUGUGUUAAGGUCUCAGGCAGGCUGAUAUCAUGUCCGCUUAUUCCUUUGUUCAUUUAUGUUUUUAUUCUGGAUACAGAGUAAUUUUAUGUGCACAGUGUAUACCUGUGAAAGAUAAUCAGAAAAACAAAAGAUGUUUCUACCCUCUGGGAUCUUUUAGAAAAAUUUAAAAAAAAAAUCCUCUCCUAAACUAACAAUUAGAAGAAAUCAUGACAGUUUCGCAAAUACUUAAUCAUGCAUAGCCCAAGCCCACCUGUUUUCUCAUAUCAUCAUUAGCCAUAAUUGAUUUCAAGAAAAGCAUAUUCUGUUCCACUGAAAUUUCCAUCACAAAUAGGACCUGGCUCUGUCUCGGGGCAUAGAAUCAAUUUUGGCAGAAGGAAUCCCAAACCUCACUGUUACUCUGUUGCUGGGGAACUGGCUUAUCUUUCCUUUGGGAAGUCGGGGAUGUUGGCGCUUCUAGCUUCCUCUAAGACAGAAUUUAACAACUGCGUACAUGCUGAGAUACACAUAUCCCUAAGGCUUUGUGAGUCUUCUUUCCAAUAAAAAUUUUAAUUUUACUGAAGAAUAGGUACUCAACACCAAAAGGAACCAUUUCUAAUGAUGAAUUUGAGGCCUCAGCAGCCAGAUAGAGAGGGCCUUCUUCGGGUGCUGGAGAUUGUAGGACCCCUCAGGUCCCUGCCUGAGAGUGAACAUGAUCAAGCCACACCUGACACAUCUUAGGUUUGUCCUGCCUGCUAAGCAUGGUGAAAUCCAAAGAAUGCCCCCCAGAAGGUUUAAUUUCUGUAGAAGAUUUUAAUUACUACACAUGUCCAAUUCCAAAUUGACUUCCUUCCACAACAGAAAUGUUUGUCAUCCGCCUCCUCAGUUGUGUGCACAAGUCCCAAACAAAAUCACUGUCAUGGCCUACACACGUACCUACUUAUUUCAGGUUAGUUCAGUGACUCAGACAAAGCGUGAGAGCUAACUGAUGCCACUUCCCUCGGCAGGGGCACAAUAGGCCCUGCCCAGUGGAAUCCUGCUAGAGCUGGAAGUGUAUAUCCAUGGCAGGCAGUUUCUUCUCAGUCCUCCCCUGACUUCAGUAGUUCACCCUGCACUGCUCUUCCUGCCCAGAAGUUAUUGCUGACAGAAUCGUGUUGGAGGUAAUGCAAAUGUCUCCGUUGGAGCUGGCCCUUGCUCCAUACCUUGCUGUUCUCAGGACCUGCGCCCUAGGAUCCUUGGCCCAUGUCCAGAAGAAUCUUAACUCCCAACUCUUCCCCUCCUCUUUUGUAAUUGCGUUUGCCCUUUUCAGGGAAGGAAAAAUCCACUGACAUGUUAGUCCUGAUGUUUCCCCACCCCCUGUCUCAGGAUAGAGAAGCCUCUCCCUAUUUGUCCUCAUUUCACUCAAGCUUCAUGCAGACUCCCGGGCGCAGGACUCUGUUCUGCUGCCUGGGCUUGACCUUCCCAUCUGACAGGAGAAAGAUUACACUGGGGAGCUGGAGCUGACUCCCUUACCUGCUCUCCUCUUGUCAGUAUCCCUUUACCAGUGAGUUCUUUGUUAGAUAGGUCCUGAGAUGUAUCUUUUUUUUUAAACUUCAAUAUUUCUUACAUGAACUGUUCCUUUCCUCUUAAAGCAGACUAUUAUCUUUUUCCUUCUACUUCAUAAUACCAUUUGAACAUAAUGAAACACACUUAAGUCAGGCAUGGCUUUUAUCUUAGCCAAUAUUAAAUGCUGGAAGGAGCAGAUUAUAUAAAGAUUCUUAAAAGAAGAAGGGAAAGAACCAAGAUGGAGGGAUCUAUCCAAUAAUUCCAUCAGCAUCUUCUGGGCUCCUGUUGGAUGUUGGCUGCUGGGCUAGACACAGACUGCAGAAACAAGACAGAUUCUUGCCCUCAGAUUUGCAUUCCAAUGAGCCUAUUCAUAAAAGAAAACCUAUAAUUCAAAGCCAACAACCUCCCCCAAAGGGUUCUUGGAAGCUUUGUAGCUCAUCUCUACAGCUGUCUCCGUUUCUGUAUGGGAUCUUACUCUCUUGGGAAAAUAUAUUCUAAAUCCUAUUUCCUUGAGCCAUUAAACAUCCAUGGUUGUCCCUGAUCAGUGUAUAGUUAUAUGUGACUUUUGCAAGAGUAAAAAUAACCGUGGACAGUCUUUGAAAGGAAAGGCAGAAAAAUCUGUUUUGAUGGCUUGAAAAUAAGUGGAGAGGUUUUUAGGGAAAUCUAACAAGCUUCCAAAGAUUUCGGAUGUGCCAGUGUUCGUUCAGGCAUGGGAUUACGCCAAGAGAUGAGCCUCCUACCAAGGGGGAGGAAAGGGACCAUGAAAGGAGAUCUGGGAGACCACACUAGAAGACUUAUUGAACCAUAAUGCAGGCCCUAAAGGCUGGGGAUGCAGCUUAGUGGUAGAGCAUGUGCUUAGCAUAUGCAAGUCCUUGGGUUCAACCCCCAGCACUGUUAAGCAUAAAUAAACCAUAAGCCAACCCUCUAGACUUGCUGUUAAAAUGUCUGCUGAGCUGAAUUGGAGGAGGAAUCUUGGAAGUGUGGAGUUGUGGUGGAAGCAGGCUCUGGAAAGCAGAACCAGGAAUUGGCUUCUUCCAACUGAGUCAUCUGGCCCAGGCUCCUGCCUGCAAGCACACCCUCCCUGCAGUGUGUCUCUGUCUGGCCAACUGUUUUCUCAGCUCUCAAGGGAUGGAGAUUCCACAGCCUCCCUCUGCUGUCUGUUCCAGAGCCACUCCCCUUAGUACUUAGAAGUUCUUGCUUUCAAAGAAUGGGAGCAUCAAGAAACACAGGGGAGGGGCUGGGGAUUUAGCUCAGCGGCAAAGCGCCUGCCUGGCAAACGCAAGGUCUUGAGUUCGGUUCCCGGUACCGGAGAAAAACCAAAAAAAAAAAAAGGGAGACAAGAGGAGCAAAACAAACUAGGGCAAAAGACCCCAGCAGGAAGAGGGGAGGCUGACAGUGGGGAACAGCCUCCACAUUUCACACUUCCUUCCCUCACUUAAACAUGAGCAGCUGGCUUCCAGACAGGUGGGGAUGGAGGAAGGUAGAACCAGCCAUCUGCGGACCCUGUCCUCCUAGAUCCCCAGACUGACGCAGUGGAGUCCCAUUCUGCUCUGAGCAGUGUGCACCACAUCCAGCACUGCCCCACUCUGCCAGAAUAAUGACUUUUUGUACCAAUUCUUGGAUGUAGACAAACCCCGGGUAGCCCAAGGAGGAUAGCACCAAGGGAAGUUAGCACUUCUUGCUCCACCAGACUUUUCCAUCUGCUUCCCGCCUCCUAGCCACACAUCCAGAAGCAAGCCAGAAAGCCCAUCUGCCCCAAAUCACUACCCCAGAGCCCGAGCUCUUUAUUGUUCCUGCUCUGUUCUCAAGCCAUGGGGUAUUUGACCUGUCUUACAUCACUAGAUACCUGGCUAUCACAGCCCCACAGGACACUGCAGUGGGAGCAGGAAGGCAGGCAAAACCGGGUGCCAGCUGGGAGGAAGAGGCGGAGGAGGGAUGGCUGCAGAAGCAGCAGAGGCAGCAGCAGGCAGGGAGCCUGCCUCAGUCCUGCCAUCGCCACUCUCCACCGUGGGGGCCCAGUGUGCCCAAAGGGCUCCCCCUACCUGCCGCGCAACCCACGCAUCCCUUGGGCCUCCCUUGGGUCUUGACUCCCUUUCCAGACUGCCCUCCCACUCCCAUUUCCUCUGGCAGCCUCAAGCGGCACUCAGGCUCUAACUGCCUUCCGGCUUGAAGGAAGGGAGUCUCCUGCCGGAAUCCCUGUCUGUCCUGGUGAUGGCUUUUGGCUGAGGUGAGCGCAGUGGAACUCUGACCACCACUGUGAAAUCUUACUCCAGCAAGCUGCAGCAGAGCCUCUGCCUGUAGGAGAGGGCCGGGACUGUCUCAGAGGGUGGGGGCCAGCUCUGAAGAUUCCCCUCAGCACCAAGACCUGACGUCAACAUGGCCACACCAAGAUGCAGGUUCUCCACGGGUGCCUUGAAGGCAAGGGCUGCCCCUCUUGUGACACCCACGUUCCCAGGAGGACUUUCUUCUUCCAGCAGAGAUGAUACAGCAAGAAUAAGCGCAGGGGGAGCUCAAACACUGCCCCCAUGGAAACUUGGUGCUGGGGGCCCUGGCUGGGUGACAGUUUCCCCUUGCAGCACAUCACAGCUUCCAAAGUGUCCUGUGUGUUUUUAAAUAAUUCUUAACCAUGUAAAAAUUGUACUACACUUUAAUAAAAUUUUUUUUGCAUUUUACUUUUGUAAUAUUUGGGGUUUUAUAGAUUUUUAUUUUAUGGCCAAGUAUACUUUUGUAAAGAAAUGUUAAAGUCUUGAGUAUUUUUAUCCUUCUAGGGAACUAUGGUUAAUGUCAACUGUAAGCACUGAUAAAUAUUAUCCAUGUGCAAUUUUUCUUCCUUUCAAUCGGGACUUUGAAGAAACUGUGUUUUGGCAUCGCAUUUUAUUUUAAACGCCACUUCAUUUUACACAUUGUGAAUACUGAAGAUUCUGAAAAAUAAAGAUGCAUUUAAAAUCUCUGUGCUGUUACACUGUGGAAAUGGUAAUGUGCAUUGCUUUGCCAAAGUGGUAAUUAAAUGCUUAAUGGUUUAGAACUCCCAGUUCAGAAUAGGGUUCUCGUCAUCACCCACAGAGCGGGGCUUCCAGGCGAGCCUCCAUUUCUUUGGAAAAUGCACUUCAGGAUGGUGAUCUCCUGUUCGGUUAGGAAAUGUGGCGGUGACAUCAUGGUUGUCGUGCUUGUGGUUUUGCAAUAAAUGUGUAUUGGAAGCA